AAACCCGGCGCGCGCAAGCGGGUGCAUUCCCCGAGCACGCAAAGCCGGCGCGUGACCCCACCUGCCCGGAGCGCGCGCCUGAUCGCCCCUUCCCAGAUGGACUCCGAGACCCCUACCCAGGCGCCGACCCAGCGCUACUUCACGUGGGACGAGGUGGCGCAGCGCUCCGGGCACGAGGAGCGGUGGCUCGUGAUCGACCGGAAGGUGUACAACAUCAGCGAGUUCCACCGCCGGCACCCCGGGGGCUCCCGGGUCAUUAGCCACUACGCGGGGCAGGAUGCUACGGAUCCCUUUAUGGCAUUCCACAUCAACAAGGGCCUUGUGAGGAAGUAUAUGAACUCUCUCCUGAUUGGAGAACUGUCUCCAGAGCAGCCCAGCUUUGAGCCCACUAAAAAUAAAGAGCUGAUUGAUGAGUUCCGAGAACUGCGGGCCACAGUGGAGCAGAUGGGGCUCAUGAAGGCCAACCAUGUCUUCUUCCUGUUGCACCUGCUGCACAUCCUGCUGCUGGACGUAGCUGCCUGGCUCACUCUUUGGGUCUUUGGGACAUCCCUUGUGCCAUUCCUCCUCUGUGCAGUGAUGCUCAGCACGGUUCAAGCCCAGGCCGGCUGGCUACAGCAUGACUUUGGGCACUUGUCUGUCUUCAGCACCUCUACCUGGAACCACCUGCUACAUCAUUUCGUGAUUGGCCACCUGAAGGGGGCCCCUGCCAGUUGGUGGAACCACAUGCACUUCCAGCACCAUGCCAAACCCAACUGUUUCGGCAAAGACCCAGACAUCAACAUGCACCCCCUCUUCUUUGCCUUGGGGAAGAUCCUCUCUGUGGAGCUUGGGAAACGGAAGAAAAAGUACAUGCCAUACAACCACCAGCACAAAUACUUCUUCCUGAUUGGGCCCCCAGCCUUGCUGCCUCUCUACUUCCAGUGGUAUAUUUUCUACUUUGCUAUCCAUCGGAAGAAGUGGGUGGACUUGGCCUGGAUGAUCACCUUCUAUGUCCGCCUCUUCCUCACCUACCAGCCGUUGUUGGGACUGAAAGGCAUCCUGGGCCUUUUCUUCGUGGUCAGGUUCCUGGAAAGCCACUGGUUUGUGUGGGUCACACAGAUGAACCAUAUCCCCAUGCACAUUGAUCGCGACCGGAACAUGGACUGGGUCUCCACCCAGCUCCAAGCAACAUGCAAUGUCCACAAGUCUGCCUUCAAUGACUGGUUCAGUGGACAUCUCAACUUCCAGAUUGAGCACCAUCUUUUCCCCACAAUGCCUCGACACAAUUACCAUAAAGUGGCUCCCCUGGUGCAGUCCCUGUGUGCCAAGUAUGGCAUAGAGUACCAGUCCAAGCCCCUGCUCUCAGCCUUCGCCGACAUCGUCUACUCACUGAAGGAGUCUGGGCAGCUCUGGCUAGAUGCCUAUCUUCACCAGUAACAACAGCACCCCCCCCCCAUCUGGAAGAGAUGCCUGUUUUCACUAAUAAUACCAGCCCAUCUGGAAGAGGAGUUUCUGGCACCAAAGCAGAGGGGAGCUCAAGGGACAAUGCCACUAUAAUUAUGAUAUUCAGAGGGGGUGGGUUUGAGGAGAUAAAGGCUCAAUUCAAACCCCUCCCCUUCAUCUUCCAGGCACAGACCUAAGACCCAAAGGGCUAGGGGGACAUGCAUGCCCCCUGGAGGGGAGGGAUGGAGCUAUUGGGGCAGAGAUGUGAGUUUACUUUCCUUUUUCUAGUUUGGCAGAUACUGAUGCCUGGUGAGCAAAGAGGGAGUCAGGGUGUUGGAAGAAUAGGGAGGACGGACUACUAAGCCCAAAAAUCAGUAAAAAAAUUUAGCAUUAAAAUUCUAGCCAGGAAAGGGGUGAGCCCAUCUCCUGGUCCGCUUCUCAGUGCCUUCUCCACCCUCUACUAUCUGAGGAGAUAGAGUGGCUGAACCUUCUGAGCACGAUUCAGAUUUGAGGCCUGGCAUAGUGCACUGCCUGGGAGGCUCUGCUCACUCUAGGGCUAGGCAGGACCUAGGUUCCUGGAGAAGCAAUUUUCCCACUUGUAGAAGCAGGCAGAGCAAAGCCAGGACUGUGGUGCUGGAGACGACUGACUUUGAAGGAUCCUGGCAUUAUCAAUUUUGAGAUUAUGUUCCAUCCAGGGCACCCAGGGAGCAUUAGGUCCUAGGUCUUGCCAAAACAGCAAGGAGAGUUAACUGGCCAUUCAAAAUCCCUUUCACCUUGGGAUCACCUCUUGUAACCACCACCCAAGGAACAAGACAUUCCUAGGACGGGGAGUCCACUUCUUGAUUCUUCAUCCACAAACAAGCAAACAGAUGGGGCAACUUCAUGUUCUCCUUCCUAGAAACAAAUGGGGGUUCCCUGUGGUUUCCCUUUGUCUUCCUACCAGUAAUUCCAAGUUUAACAAAAUAGCACAAGUGACCACAUUGGGAGACCCUGAAUUACCAGUCAUGAGGAAAACACAAAAUACAGGGGAAGAAGAAUACAGGGGUUGUUAAGAAAUUUUCUACAACCUAAAUUAUGUUACAGUAUUACUUCUGAGUAGGAGCAGUGAAUUAAAUAUUAUCACUUCAUAGUUCUAAACCAGAGGUAGGAAGAUAAAAACACAGUUUGUGAACUAUCAACUCUUCAAGCAUCUUCUCCGCUGGACACCAGGUAGGAAUUUAGGAUAAUCUCUUACAAAGCCUAUCCUUCUAAUACUGAAAUACAGUUUUUUAAAAAAUCUCCAUCUCUAAAGCAAACAAAGGAAUGUGCCCAGGAGUCUUGCCUUAACCCCCAGGGCUUGUCAUCAGCAUUUACACCCUCUUCUCGCCCCACGGCCUUCCACACAGCCACAGCCUUCCUGCGCAGGUAAGGGGGAAUUUGCCUGUUCAACAGCACCUACUCUAAGCAUUCUGAGCAUUUUGGAAACGGAGAGGAGGAAACUCAAACUAGAAGGAAAAAGCAGAGCCGUAGGAGAGUCCACAUUUAGUUGUAGGAGAGAAUGAAGGUCUUCUGAAAGCGAGCUGCGAUGGGAUUAGAAGUACCACCUUGAAAGGCUGUUGGAAUGACUCAGAGGUUUGUCAAAAACAAAGAUUAAAGAGACAACAACGACAGGGCCCGGACAGGUGGCAGAAGAGUUCGGCUUUUCUCCAUUUGGGCCAAACCUGGUUUGAAACAGCCUGGGUAGAAAGACUAGAAACAGGAUUGAAAAGUUCUUCUUUCACUGGCUUCCUCACUCCAGAAUAGAUGCUGAUCCUGGCCCAUCCCUCUGGUCCCUACUACCCAGGGUUGAGGUGUCCUAUCACCAGCCUGUCAAGCCAUCUGGCUGCCAAUCUGAGCAAACCCAGCAAGGCUUACCGAGCCAAGUCCAAGUCCUCAAAGCACUUCAACCACUGUGGCCUUCUCUCCUCAACCUAGACCAGUGCGGUCUAGCAAGGCCACAGAGGGGCACGCCAGUGACAAAAUAGCUCAGACUGUUUUAACGGUGUGAUGAGUGAUUUCAAAUCCAAGCAAGGACAUGAGAAAACAAGCUUAAAGAGGACAAGUCACCUCCAGUCACAGAUUGUGGCCAAACUAGUAUUUGAACUCGGUGUUUUAGAAUUCCAACCUACAUGUUUACCUUUGUUACUCUCAUCUUCCCACCACUUUACUGGAAGCACUUUCUUUAAUUAGGCCCCACAUCUGUAUCCUUUUUGUGUGUGCCAAUUUUGUUACCAAAUCCAGAUGAGGUAAAGCUGAAAAAUAAAGUUAAUUUCCACCAAA